AUGGCGGCCUCCCCACAAGAUGCACAGCUGAGUGCUGCUGCAGCAUGUGGGGACACAGAUCCGCAUGCAGCUACUGCAGCAGAACCAGCAGCAGCAGAAGCAACAGCAACAACAGCAGAAGCAACAGAAGCAGCAACAGAAGCAACAGGAGAACCAUCAGAAGCAGCACCAGAGGCAUCAUCAGAAGCAGCAUCAGCAGCAGCAACAGAACCACCAGGCGAACCACCAGAAACAGCAGACCCACCCCCAUCACCAGCAGCAGAAACAGCAGCAGCAGCAGCAGCAGCAACAGCAACAGCAGCAGAAGAAGAUAAAUGUGAAGGUAAUAAGAAGGAGGAGCCAAAGGAAAUAAUAGUAAUAGAUGAUGAUGAUGAGGAAGAAGGAGGAGGAAAUGACGAUCUAAAUAAUAUGAAUAUUUCUAUGAUGAGGUUCGGUAGGAGAGCACAACCUAUUCGUUACUCAAGAUCUACUAGGUAUCAUAUGUUAUUGGAAAUUGCCUUAGAAAGAAAAAAAGAAAAAAUGCAAAAUUCAUCUUCAAUAGAUAAAAAUAAAACAGCAGCAGCAGCAGCAGCAGGAGAAGCAGCAGGAGCAGGAGGAGGAGGAGGAGGAGGAGGAGGAGGAGGAGGAGGAGCAAAACAGCGGGAUAAAAGUAGCAAGGAAACAGGGAGCCCAUCCCGGAGCAGCAAGACAACAAGCAACAAGAGCAGCAGCAGCAGCAGCAAGAGCAGCAGCAGGAACGGCAGCAACACUUGUGCAUUAUUAUUUGCUCGUGAUCCUUUUGAUUCAAGUACAGAUGAAAGUGAUACAGAAUGGGACCCCACUGCGGUGUAUGGGGAGACAGCAAAGAGAAGGUUAUAUAGUAAACAUUCAGAGACUGAAUCUAAUGAUGAUGAUGAGGAGGAGGAGGAAGAAGAAGAAGAUGAUGAUGAUGAGGAGGAAGAAGAAGAGGAGGCAGAAGAAGGGAGAGAGGGAGAAGAAGAGGAAGAGGAGGGAGAAGGAGAAGAGAAAGAGAAAGAAGCAGGAAAUAACGAACAUAAUAAUAUUAAUGCCUCCAGCAGCAGCAGCAGCGGAGAGGAGAAAGAAGGCAGCGAUAUAGAGCAGCAGAAGCAGCAGAAGCAGCAGAAGCAGAAACAGAGGAAAAGGAAACAGAAAGAAUGCCCAGACGGGAACCGCAGCGUAAAGGGGAGAAGGGGGAGAAAGCCUGCAGCAGCAACAGCAGCAACAGCAGCAACAGCAGCAACAGCAGCAGCAAACGGAAGGGUGAAGGACAAAGAGAAGUCGGAUGAACGAGAAACUGCCGCAGAAACAGCAGAAAGGGGAGAGCAGCAGCAGGCUGCUGCAGGAAGCAGCAGCAGCAGCAGCAGCAGCAGCAGCAGCAGCAGCAGCAAGAAUAAGAGGAGCCGCGAAGAAAAUGGUAUUCAGCAGAAGCAAGAGAAAGAAGAAGCAGUAAAAAAGAAUAAAAGAGAAAAGAAAGAAGAAACAAAGAAAGGAAUAAAAAACGAAGGAAAGAAAAGACAUAAAGAAGACAUCGAAGGCAGCAACAGCAACAGCAACAGCAACAGCAGCAGCAGCAGCAGCAACAACAACAACAGCGGCAACAGCAGCAGAAGUACCAGCACCGGAGACACCCCACACGAAGCAAAAUUAAACAUUAAAGGCACUAAAGAGAAGCAGCAAGCAACAAGGGCAGCAGCAGCAACAGCAGCAGCAGCAGCAGCAGCAGCAGAUACACCCCAAAGGGCAUAA